AUGCGCAUUAUUUUAACGGAAGUGUACUCAGCUCCAUUUUGUCGGCUUUGUUGCAUACGAGAAUCUUUUUCUCUAUUAAAGAAGGAAUCAUACAAUAAUAUUGAUGCAAUCUGAACAAGCUGCGGCUUACGGAGACUACUCCCUACCACCAACAGCCGGUCAACCUGCCCCUCCAGCUCCCAUGCAAAGUGCAUACAGCGGGUAUUCCGGUUCAGCAGACCCAAAUUCCUAUGGCUCAGCCUAUGGAAGUGUUGCUCAAGGUCAAGCAACUGGUCAGUCGCCAGGUCCUGGACCAGGCCCAGCAGGUUAUGGAGGCAGCCCCUAUGGAGGCCAAGCUCCUGCUGCUCCUGCUCCAACUGGUUAUGGCGGAGGAGGCAGUUACGGGCAAACUGCCAGUAGUUACGGUGGAGGAGGCGGAGGAGGAGGAGGUGGCGGCGGCGGUGGUGCAAUGAGUAGUAGUAGUAGUUAUGGUGAACCUCCAGGCGGUUUCCAGUACAGCUCAGGUGCUGGUAGCUUUGGUGGAAAUAGAGGCGGUGGCCGAGGAGGUGGAAGAGGCGGAAACGGUGGAGGAGGCGGAGGCUUUGGAGGAGGUGGAAGAGAUGGUGGCUUUAGCGGAGGUCGUGGAGGUGGCCGUGGAGGGAAUGGCGGUUACAGAGGUGGCGGUGGCGGAGGCCGUGGAGGCGGAGGAUUCGGAAACGGAAGAGAUUAUUCAUCCGGUGGCGGCGGUGGAAGAGGAAGUAGUUUUGGCGGAGGACGAGGAGGCGGUGGUGGAAGGGGUGGCUUCCACAAAUUUGGUGAUGAAGACGGAGGGGGAGGAAACGGACCAAAAGAAAUGGUUCCAAUUCCCAAUGCUGUAUUCAUAUCAAACCUACCACUGGAUGCAACCAUAAAAGACGUAGCAGAUCAUUUUGGUCAAAUUGGAAUGUUGAAGAAUGAUAAAAAAACGAACGGUCCAAGAAUACAAAUGUACACUGACAAAGUCACAGGAGCUCCAAAAGGUGAAGCAACCGUAUUUUACGAUGAAGAUCAAACCAUUCCUUACGCCAUCGAAUGCUUCAAUAACAAAGAGUUUCGUGGUAGUGUUCUUAAAGUUGUUCAGGCAACGAGGCCCAAUUUCGGACCAGAUAAUAAGUGGGGUGGCAAUGAUAGACGAGGUGGAGGAAGAGGAGGUGGCGGACGUGGAGGACCACGAGGAGGAGGUAGUGGUGGUGGACGUUCAGAUAUGCCUCGUGAGGGAGAUUGGACUUGUCCAAACCCGAGUUGUCAAAACAAUAACUUCUCUUGGAGGACAUCGUGUAAUAGGUGUCAAGCCCCGAAACCAGGUGGAAUGGGCAUGGUCAACGAUGGGGGACACUUCGGUCGAGGAGGUGGAGCUGGUGGAAGAGGAGGCGGUGGUCGAGGCGGACCAGGUGGAAGAGGCGGUGGCGGUCGAGGCGGAGGUCGAGGAGGCGGCGGAGGAUUCCGUGGCGGCGGCGGCGGCGGCGGAGGAGGUGGACGCGGCGGUGGUGGUCGUAGCUUCGGCGGAGGUGGUGGCCGAGGAGGAGGAGGCGGUGGCGGUGGAAAAGGUGGUCGCGGCGGCCCCGGAGGACCAGAUAGGAGGCCAGCAGGAAGAAACGAUCGCAGAGACAGGCCUUAUUAA